AUGCAAUCGGAUUAUAUUGUGGGCCUCGAGCCGGUGCGCGGAGGCGGAGGAGCGGGCAACACUGAUGCUGUGACGCCGGGAGUGAACGUUAAGCAUAUCAUCGAGGCGGUGGACCGCAGCGUCGAGCGUCUCGGCACCUACAUCGACGUGCUCCAGAUCCAGAAAAUGGAUCAUGAUGUGCCUCCAGAGGAGAUCAUACAGACAAUCCACGGCUGGCACGAAUUUAUCUCAAUGCAAGGCCUCCACAAACUCCUCUACCGCGCAUCAGAGCUUGGAAAGAAAGCCUACUGCAACACCGGCGUCGGCCUCUUCCCCUCCCGCGAGCAAGAGAGCCCCUUCCGCCAACUCCUGUUUCGCGGCACGGAGAACGGCGCCGACAAGGCCAUUGUCGAGCGCGUCGGAGACCUGGCGGGCAGCAAGGGCAUCUCGAUGGCGCAGGUUGUGCAAGCAUGGCUUAUUUCCAAUGGUUGCAUGUCCAUCUGCGCACUGGAGAUGAAGGAGAGGAUUGAUCAGGCUAUCAAUCGGGGCGAUGAGAUGCCAGGGGAGGGAAUCACCGAGAGGAAGCGCAGCAUCUCGACGGCGCGAUCAACAAUUGACGAUGACCGAUCCAGCAGACUGACUUCGAGCGCGCUGGACGAGCUGAACGCCUCGCACAUUGACAGCAGCACGUCCGUGUCGCUGAGCAUCGACACGGACAUCAGCGACGCCGACUCGGCCAUGGGAAUCGACGUCGGCCGCGCCUCCUCGUCCGCCUCGGUGGCAUCGAGCGUGUACCGCUUCGUGGAGGAGUUUGGCAGGACAUAUCACGCCUACAAAGAAGGAAAAUACUUUCUCCCCAAUGAUGAGCAAGAGCAAAGCCGCCUAGACCUACAACACGCCAUCGCCCUCCGCAUCUUCGAUAACGAGCUCGGCCUGGCGCCCGUCUCCAAGCCCAACCGCGUCCUCGACAUCGGCACGGGCACCGGCAUCUGGGCCAUUGAGUUCGCCGACAGGAACCCGGAAUCGGAGGUCCUUGGCACAGACCUCAGCCCCAUUCAGCCGGAAUAUGUCCCCGCCAACUGCCAUUUCGAGAUUGACGACGCCGAGGACGAGUGGGCGUUUAGCCAGAAAUUCGACUACGUUCACGGCCGGUACAUGUGCACCUCCAUCUUUGACCUGCCGAAGCUCUUUGGCCAGAUCCGCGACAACCUCAACCCGGGCGGGUGGGUCGAGUUCCAGGAAACCGUCAUCGACUUCAAGGCUGUGGACGGGUCCCUUGAGGGCACGGCGCUGCGGCGCUGGAACGAUCACCUGCUGGAAGGGAUCCGCAAGGCCGGGCGGGAUGCGCUCUCGGCGUUCGAGUACGCGCGGCACAUGACCGACGCCGGUUUCCAGAACGUCCAGCAGAAGAAGUUUGCGGUGCCCGCGUCGCCUUGGGCGAAAGGGAGGAACCAAAAGAUCCUGGGCGCCAUGCAGAUGACGAACAACCUCGAGGGGGUGCAGGGCAUCACGAUGAAGAUAUUCACCCAGGUGCUGGGGUGGACUCGAGAGGAUGCGGAGUUGUUGCUCGUGGAUGUGAGGAAGGAUAUGGCGGAUAAGAAUAUCCACGCGUACAUCACAGUGUGA